AUGAGUAACAUCAUCGGCCUAUCAAAGCGUUUCAGUGUCGAUGUAGUUGCAAAGGUUGAGUCAUUGAAAAAGUGGACAAUUGGCACAUUUAAGAACUCAAGACAACAAUUACUGGAGCAUAUGGGGAAGAUUGAUAAAACUACCGACGAGCAGUUCGAAAAGGAAUGUGAAGAACUCAAAGAACUGCAUAGGAGGUAUGGAUGUGUAGUCAACGCUGCACGUGAGUUCACCAAUCUCUUGACUCAGCUGGCUCAAGCCGAGAAAAAUCUUGCUGAGAGUCUUCAACAGCUGUCAGUUAAAGAACUUGCCAUCAAACCUCAAUGUACGACGACUUCGGAGUCUAUGCGGCGUGUGGCAGAGCAGGCUGUUGCCCUAGAUGGUUGCUUGCGGUACUUCUUAUCUUCGAUGGAGACUCUACAUGCAAAAACUAUAGUUGACACAUUGGAGACAAUCUAUGCAACUGAAGGGGCUCGGAUCGAAUUUGACGUUAGUCGUCACGAGUUGGAGUCGUUGCAUAGUCAUGCUACUGCGAGCCCAACUGCCAUUCAGGUUGCUAGUGAUAAAGCAAAUCAACACCGGGACAAAUACGAAGGAUUGAAAGCUGAUGUUCGGGUGAAAUUGCGGCUUUUGGAAGAAAAUCGUGUCAAAGUAAUGUCAAAGCAAUUAGAGCAGUUGCAAAGUGCGUUGGCGGCAUAUUUUUCAGGGAAUGCCGAACUUUUAAACGCAGCUCUCCGGGAGCUCGCUUCACUUUCAACUCCUGCCACCUCAUUCCUUUUGUAA